AUGAAAUCUCUUCUAUUUUUCAUCGCUUUCUUUUAUUUUUCGUCAGCUGAAUUGGACUGUUCCUCUUCGAGAGAUGCUGGUUAUUCCUGUUCCAGCGGAUCACCCAAGAAAUUCUUCUAUUUUGAUAAAAGAGCCAAAGUCUGUCAACCUUUAUUCUACAAAGGCUGUGGCGGGAAUGAGAAUCGUUACGAGACAGCUGCUGAAUGCAAAGAAAAAUGUUUGAAUGAGGGAAAAACAACGGGAAAUGGUGGAGAGAAACAUGAAGAGAAUGAGACGGAAAUGAAAUUGGUGUUGAAAGCUGGACAUGAACAAUGGACACACGCCACAAAAUGCAACGCGACUUUCCUCAUUCCAAAUCAUAAAUACAUCGAGUGUACAAAUGGUGGAUGUCCUGAGAAUCAUUCAUGUUACAAUGGGAAUUGUUGUCCGAAUCGAGACUACGUUUGCUCACUGCCAGACGAAAAUGGCGAUUUUCAAGAGGGUGUCGAUGAUAAGCCACGAUUUGGAUGGUCAGACCAAUGGCAUACAUGUGUUCGUUUUUCUUACUAUGGAGCCAAUGGAAACUACAACAACUUCCCCAACUUUAAUCUUUGUCAAAAGUACUGCAACCCAAAAAAUCGACAU